AUGACAAUUUUUAAUUCUCUCACAAAAUUAGGAAAUAUUUCUUCAGCUUCAAAGACCUCCCAUUCCAUUAAUAUGGAAGCUGGUGAAUCUUCUGACUUUGGCCAAAAUAAUUCUACAAAUUGGGGUAGUGGUGGUGGUGGUAUGGGUGGUGGUGGUGGAAUGAGUGGUGGUGGUAGAGGUCCAAUCAUUAUCAUUAUCAAUAAUAGAAGAAGACCAGGAAUGCAAUAA